AUGGGUUUGAAACUUGUGCUUAAGGCCAACUUGGAAGGUCUCACUGACCUCCGUCCAAUUGAUACUGCGGAAUCACCAUUUGAAUACACUUUUGAAAUUGCUUGUAUCUCAUGUCGUGAAACUCAUGAUAAAUUUGUUACAAUCAAUAGAUUUGAACAACAUGAGAUGGAUCGUAGUAAAGGUGAAGCAAAUUUUGGUUUAUUUGAAGCAAAAGGUGCUGAAUCUACAACUAAAUUCUCAGAAAUUGAAAUAGAUGAAGGUGAAUAUUAUGAUUAUGAUGAUAAUAAAGGUUCUGAAGUUUCAAUAACUGAAGCUUCAUGGGAUAUUGUGAAAGGUUAA